AGCAGCAGCGGGGAGGAGUCACAGGUGGAGGAGAGCUUACCUGUUAUAAAAGGUGAUGCAGCAGCUCAGACAGAAGUGACUGCAGAAGAUCUCAACAUGGAUCUGGACAAAGGAGGAUUUACAGAACAGGAUGCUUUUCAAGCUCUGAACACCCUUCCGCCUCCGACCAGUAAGUUGCAACAGGAACGAGACCAUAAUAUGGAGAACUACAUGGAGAGGGUCGGCCUCUCGGUGGAGGAAUUAGAUCGUCUCAACAUCAUUCAUGUGACGGGAACGAAGGGGAAGGGCUCCACUUGUGCAUUCACGGAGCAGAUCUUGAGAAGUCAUGGUUUCCGUACAGGAUUUUUCAGUUCUCCUCAUUUGGUUGAUAUCAGGGAGAGGAUUCGAAUCAACGGACAGCCCGUGGAUAAGGAGCUCUUCUAUAAACACUUCUCACAGGUUUACCAAUGUCUCGAUGAGACUAAGGAUAACUAUGAUGGGCUGAUGCCGAGAUACUUUAGUUUUUUCACCCUCUUGGCCUUUCGUGUGUUUCUAGAGGAAAAAGUGGAUUUAGCUAUCAUUGAAGUUGGGCUUGGGGGACAUUAUGAUAGCACCAAUGUUAUAAGGAGGCCGUGGGUGUGUGGUGUCUCCUCUCUGGGUAUUGACCACAUUGCGAUUCUUGGAGACACCGUCGAAAAGAUCGCCUGGCAUAAAGGAGGAAUCUUCAAGCCGGGGGUUCCUGCUUUCACAGUCAAACAGCCAGGAGAUGCGAUGGCUGUACUCGAGGACAGGGCCAAAGAGAAACAAUGUCCUCUGUGGGUGUGUCCAGACCUGGAGGACUACCAGACUGAUGGUGGACCUUUGCGUCUGAGCCUCCAAGGGAAGCACCAGCACCCCAACGCCUCCCUGGCCCUCCAGCUGAGUCACACCUGGCUUCAGAGGAGACGUCUAGACAGAAGCUUUCCCACCAGCCCUGUUGAGGACACAGGUGUACUCCAGGUCUCUUUCUUGAAGCCCAGCCCCAUCAUGGUGAAAGGGCUCGCAGAAACGGUGUGGGCUGGAAGGACUCAUAUACUGAAACAUGGAGAGGUCACAUACUUCUUGGAUGGUGCCCACACCAUGCGCAGUAUGCAGGCCUGUGCAAACUGGUUCAAAGAGACCUCAGCCCAGCAUGAAACGAACGCAAGCGGACCGGUCGCCAGAGUUUUGCUGUUCAAUACAACAGGAGAGAGAGACUCAAAAGCCAUGCUUAGACUGCUGUUGCCUUGUCAUUUUGACUUUGCCGCGUUCUGCACAAACAUCCCCGAUGUCGGCACAUUCCGUCCCACAGACUUAUGGAACGUGAAUCACACAGUGGAGAACAUGAAUACUCGCUGUUUGGAAACCGAAAGGAACUGGAGACUAUGCAACAACGUCGAGGAUAGAAAUGGUACGCAGCUUACUGCCAACAACCUGACCCUGCUGGUCCCUGACCAAAAAGCCAACAGCCUGGUCUUCCCCUGCGCCCUCAGCGCUCUCCAGUGGAUCAGCCAGGGCCGGGAUUCAGUCCUAACAGAUGGAGCAAACUCUGCUCUGAAAGGUAAACCCAACGUCAAGGCCAAAGCUCCUCUUCUCCAUGACGCAGCAGAGAUCCACGUCCUGAUCACGGGAAGCCUCCGCCUGGUGGGGGGAGCUCUUAAAAACCUCGACCCAGCAUCCUACAAGUAAAUAGAGAGUGAACAGAGAGGGAUUCACUGAGUGUGUGGAUUACAGUAAAUUUUAGAGAAUGGGUGGGUGCUCGGUUUGCUUCUUGAUGCUUCAUUUUUAGACUUUAGUUCUUUAUCUUACAGGGUUGGUAUUUCUGUUUGGCAUCAGUGAUUUCUCCCGGAUAAUGUAGAGCUGUUAGAUGUUUUCUUUUAUAACAUUUAUACAAAAACUGCAAUCUAACAGACACCAGGAAAUAUUACAUACACAACACAGGCUCAUGAGUUUAAUGAUUAUUCUCUGUUUCUAGAAUUGUCAUACUUCUUGUAUAUUGUAUUUCCCUGUGUCACUUUUAAACUUAAUUAUUAAACACGCUUUUAAAGGAAACUGUUAUGUUUGUUAUUAUCUAUGAUGUGUCCUUUCCUGUUGCAAUAAUGAACAAAUAGCCUACUGAAGGUGA